AUGGUGAAGAAGAGCGGUGGCAUUCCAUGUGCGUUUUGGCGCUCAGAGUGUGAACCUAACCCGCUUUCUGACCCUGUUUCGCGUGUGAAAUUGGAGAAUAGAGAUAAAAGAGGUGGAGAUUGGAAAGACAAAGAUCCCUACCUCAGUAGAAAGCGACAGACCACGUCAGUGCGCAUGCAUGAUAAGGUGGCUGCAGUGCAGGUUUGGGAAUUUGUUUCUUCGUUCGUUCGUUCGUUCGUUCGUUCUUAUCCUAGACAAAGCACUCCCAUACCAAGGACAGACCUUAACAGGGGCAUCAUGGUAAUUUUACAUGGAAAAGUUGACUCCACCCAAUGGUCUACACAACAACACAGCAACCACUGCCACCAAAUCCAUCAAAAUCUUUAUAUUUCAGAGGCACUUUUGCGGUGGCAAGAGGCGAAAGUAAAAAAUGCAAACACCCAUGGCAAAGUUGUCCAUUGUUGUCGGUGA